AUGCCUGUUGCUACGUUCGAUGGCCAGGGGGAGGAUACGAUUCACUUACCAAGAAUAUUAUGCCUUCAUGGAGGGGGAACAAACGCCAAAAUCUUUCGCGCACAGUGUCGAGUUCUUCGAGCAGAGCUCAGAUCAAGAUUCAGGCUGUGCUUCGCCGAAGCACCGUUUACAUCACAACCUGGCCCAGAUGUGGUAUCUGUUUACAGGAACUUUGGUCCUUUUCGUCGUUGGCUGCGCUCGGAGCCAGGACAUCCAAGAAUCGAGCCUAGGCUAGCAGCAGACUUGAUACAACAAUCUCUAGAUGCUGCGAUGAAUGAAGAUGAUAGUAAGGGAGCGACGGGCGAGUUUGUAGGCCUCCUUGGAUUCAGCCAAGGAGCCAAAAUAUGCGCCAGUCUGCUGUUUCGUCAACAGGUAAUGGCAGAAAAGCUUGGUUUAUAUCAAACAACGAAUUAUCGUUUUGCAAUUCUACUCGCUGGAAGAGGGCCGCUUGUGUCUAUGGAACCCGAUUUGAUCAUGAAUCCAGCGCUCGUAGACGCCUCACAAAUCGGGUUUCUUCGCAUUUCCGAUGAGCAGCUUCUCUGGAGAAAUGAAUGUCUCCUCAAAAUACCAACAGUACACGUACAUGGGACGCGCGAUGCGGGGUUGGAGCUGCACAGACAGCUUCUGAAUUUUCACUGCGAUAAGGAAAGUGCCAGAUUGAUCGAGUGGGAUGGUGAUCAUAGAGUUCCGAUAAAGUCUAAAGAUGUUGCCGCUGUUGUGGAGCAGAUUCUCAAUGUUGCAAAAGAGACAGGUGUGGCAUGA